AUGGCACCGUUACCAGAAGUACGCAGUACACCAGCACGACCGUUCUUGUAUUCGGGAAUGGAUUACUGUGGGCCGUUUCUCGUUCGUCCGCUCAAUGGGAAGGGCGCGUUGGUCAAAAUGUACGUUUCGCUUUUCGUCUGUCUGGUGGUGAAGGCCGUGCACAUCGAAAUCGUCACCGAUAUAUCCGCCGCGUCGUGUAUCAACGCCGUGAAGCGUAUCGUCGCGUGGCACGGACGUAUAGUGGAGCUACAUUGCAAUAAUGCGACCGCUUUCGUCGCAUUUCAAGUGCGAAACCAUUGCUUGGACAACGGGAUCAAGUUCCAGUUCAUCCCCGCCCGUUCGCCACACUUCGGUGGCAUUUGGGAGGCGGGAAUCAAACCAUUCAAAUACCAUUUCCGUCGCAUCAUGGGACUGAAAUCAUUCUCGGUGGAUCACCUUCAUACCGUCGUCACGCAAGUUGAAGCAGUGCUCAAUUCCCGCCCCUGUCGCCACUCACUGAUUCUCCCGAUGAUCUGGCGGCUCUGA